AUGGCCGAACUUCUUGGGCUGAUAGCAAGCUGCGUGAAUAUCGUUCAAGGCCUUGAUGCUAUCUGCACCGCAGCCAAAGAGAAUAUCCAUCUUGGAGAAAGCGCCCGAAAGGAGCUUGUUAUCCUCGUGGGCAAAAUAUCAUCCUACAGGGGUAUCAUCGCAGGGAUUCAGUUGCAAGCAGAGCUUGACAAAAUUGCUGGAUUUGAUCGACUUCUGGCUCUGAACCAUGUCAAUGGACCUUUGAAGGCGUGCGAGGAGGCGACAAUUCUCAUCAAUAAACGUAUUGCAGGUCUCUCCAAAAGAAUUCAUUUCGGUAAGAUUGUCGAUAAGGCGACUGCCAUAAGUCUACGAGCGUUUGAUGAUGCUCUGCCAGUGCUUCAGCUUGCCUUGCAUGCAGACCAACGGGUUAUAACGAUCGAGGUUGAGAAUUAUGUCCGGGCGAUUCACGAAGAUUUGUCGAUAGUAGUGUCAAAUACUGACGCUAUCCGAGAUGAGAUCACUGAAAUGAAGCAGUUGAUCGAGGGUCAACAGUUGAGCAACCUUAGUGAACUCGAAGCUUUCGAAUUGAAUGAAGUCAGACAAUGGUUGAGUAAAUGCGACCCAAAAAGCACCUAUGAGCAAUGUCUGAAUAAGAUCUCCGGCGAAUCUGGGAGAUGGUUUCUGGAGCGUGCUUUCGAUGAUUGGCUCGAGAAUGGCUCACGGGCCAAGUUGUUCUGGCUAAAGGGCAACAGCGGGCCAGGUGGCAAUACUCGAGCGAAGGUGUUGUGGCUAAUAGGCAACAGUGGCUCUGGGAAAACUACACUGCUCUCCGCGGCAAUACGGCACCUGAGAACCAAGAUACCGUGGGCAACAAGGCCGUUGUCGGCGUAUUUCUACUGCUCAUUUGCUGUGAAAGAGACUCAAAGCGCUUCGAACGUACUUGGUUCGCUGCUUUCUCAGCUUCUUGAACAAGUCCAAGGGGUUUCGGCAGCGAUUAAAGCAGCUCAUGCUUCCAGUCGACACCAGGAAUCUGGGUCGAAAGGUCCCAGCAUUGAGGAACUCGAAAAUCUUUUGACUCGAGGAUGUGCCUUGUCACAGAAGGAUAUACUCUUAUUUGUCGAUGCUCCAAACGAAAGCGACGAGGCAGAGGAGAUCCUAGAAAGUCUGCUUCGCGUGGCUAGAAAAUGUGCAAAUCUACGUUUAAUGAUUGCCAGCACCCCAGACCUGGAUCUGCAACAGAUGACUGGUACAACUCCGUUCAUCCAAGUUGAUAUGAAUUCUGGCAAUGUCAACCAGGACAUUUCUGCGUAUGUCGACCAACGUCUCAGCCAAGAAAAGCGAUUGCGCAAACUUCCGACCUUGGUGCAACAGAAUGUGCGGCUGGUGUUCUCAGAGAAUACGCAGGGGUCAUUUCGCUGGGCAGAAUGCCAGCUAACCGCACUGAUCGAGAACGCUCGUUCGAUUUCACAAAUCGAACGUGCUCUGCAAAGUGUAUCCCCAACCCUCGAGGGAUUGUACAUUGCGACGUUGGAUGCCGUUCCAUCGUCAGAUCGCCCGUUGCUAAGAGCUGCUCUACACUGGCUCAUGUUUGGCGAGCGACCACUCCGAAUUGAAGAAAUUGGCGAAGCCAUGGUUUUCAAAGGCAACGGUAGCUCAAUCCAACCAGAAGAUCGAUUGUUCCCGGAAAGUGCUGAAGAAAUCUUGAGAAGAUGUCCCAUGCUCAUUGAAUACAAUGCCUCCUCCAAGUAUGCGGCACUUGCUCAUUCGUCCGUCCAGCAAUUCUUGGCUUCUGAGCAAUGCCGCCUGAGUUCCGUUUGGGAGUUUCAUUUCGACCGAGUCGAGGAUCUUGGGGCAUUGGCCUGUCUUACGGUUGAUUAUCUGAACCAGCCUGUAUUUAGAUCUGGCUACUGCCUAGUCAAACAAGAUGCAAAUGUGCGCAUGAAAGAGUGGCCAUUGUUGAAAUAUGUGUCAUCAACAUGGCCAAGCUAUGCGACACAACUUCCCUCGGGUCAGUAUAAGCAGAGAAUGGAGAACGCCAUGAAAUCUCUGUUUGCGACUUUCACUCUGCCGAGAGGAGGCAACUUUGGAUCUUGGGUUCAGAUCCAUCUGCCAAGGCAUCUACACCACAAUCAAUGUCUUUCGCAUCCACUCUAUUACAUGGCACGCGCGGGCAUAGAUGAAGUCGUUGAAAUGAUUGUGGCUAUGGAAGGCAGAGGUGUUCUCGAGCUUCAGGGAGGCAGCCGCGAAUCCACACCACUACACGUUGCGUGUGCAUAUGGACGCACCAGCACAGUGAAGUUGUUGCUAGAACUUGGAUCUGAUCCUAAUGAGCGGAACGGGUCCGGAGAACGAGGACUAGCGUGGGCGAAGGUGCACAAAUAUUUUGAUAUCUACGAUCUCCUGCUCCAAUACGGAGCCAAGCCUCUGGGAGAAGAAUAUAGAAAGACUCUAGGCCGUACCCUUCCCACCCUCCUUCAGGCGGAGGUGGAAGCACACAAUACCAAAAAGUCAUGCUAUGUCACAAUCGGUGAGCGCGUCUUCGAUGUCACCGACUUUCUCGAAGACCACCCCGGUGGUCCUGAAUUCAUCCUGGAAUAUGGCGGCAAAGAUGUCAAGGCCAUAAUGGAAGACGAAGUCUCGCACUUCCACAGUGAAGCCGCGUACGAAAUUCUGGAAGAGAGUCUGAUCGCUUUCGUCACCACUGAUGCUGUGCUGAAGACCGCCACCAAGUCGACACACCCUGACGAAGUGGUACCAUUACCUGCGACCGCCAAUGGAAAUGCCCAGUUGAAAGAGCAAGGCGUAAAUACUGAGGAUCUCCCCUCUCGCGCGGUGUUCGAGACAACGGGCAUGUCCAGCGCAGAAGAUUUGUCUAAAGACACCGACUUGGGCGCAGACUGGAAGACACACAAGUUCCUCGAUCUCAACCGACCACUGUUUACACAGAUGCUGUUCAGCAAGUUCUCCAAAGAGUUCUACCUCGAACAGGUUCACAGACCUCGACACUACCGUGGUGGCGAUUCGGCCCCUCUGUUCGGAAAUUUCUUGGAGCCCUUGAGCAUGACACCGUGGUACAUAAUUCCACUACUCUGGCUUCCACCCGUCACAUAUGGAUCCGUCAUUGGGUUCGCAAACCUUUCAUCUCCGUUCGUCGCUGCUUCAUACUGGCUACUUGGUCUCUUCCUGUGGACUCUAGUCGAAUAUCUCCUCCAUCGCUUCGUUUUCCACCUCGACUACUAUCUUCCGGAUCACCCGGUCUUCCUCACAUUGCACUUUCUCCUCCAUGGUAUCCAUCAUUAUCUGCCCAUGGAUAAAUACCGAUUAGUCAUGCCUCCGACGUUAUUCUUGAUACUGGCUACCCCAUUCUACAAGCUUGCACAUACCGUCUUUUGGUACGACUGGUAUGUCGCAGUGACAGUCUUCUCUGGAGGCAUCUUUGGAUAUAUCUGCUACGACUGCACUCACUACUGGUUGCAUCACCGUUCGUUGCCUUCAUACGUGCGCGAUCUCAAGAAAUAUCAUCUGGCUCACCAUUACCAGAACUUUGAGCUUGGUUUCGGAGUCACCUCCAAAUUCUGGGAUUAUGUCUGGGGCACCCAGCUCGAGUACGCAAAGCCAAUCAAGUCGUCCUAG